UGCUGCCUCUUGCUCAUCCAUGGCCGGCCACAUCGCUAGCUAGCUAGAGCCUAGAGGUAGCAGCAGGAUCGGAGGUCGAUCGAUGGCCCAGGUGCAGGUGCAGGUCCAGGCGGCGGCCGCCACCAUGGAGAUGAUGUUGAAGAAGCCGCAGGCCAGCAGCUGCUGCUCCGACGACAUGGCGGACCUGGAGCGCGCGCUGGCGCUGGAGGUGGCCGCGCCGACCACGGUGCCGCGUCAGGACUCACUGUACAGGGACGCGACGAGGGCGGCCGGCGGCGGGAACCACGAGGGGCAGGACGGGUGGGCGCGGACUCUCCGUCUGGCCUUCCAGUGCGUGGGCGUGCUCUACGGCGACAUCGGGACGUCGCCGCUGUACGUGUACUCGAGCACCUUCACCGGCGGCAUCCGCCACACCGACGACCUCCUGGGUGUGCUCUCGCUCAUCAUCUACAGCUUCCUCCUCUUCACCAUCAUCAAGUACGUCUACAUCGCGCUCAGAGCAAACGACGACGGGGACGGCGGUACGUUCGCGCUCUACUCGCUCAUCUCCCGUCACGCCAAGGUGAGCCUGGUGCCCAACCACCAGGCCGAGGACGACAUCAACGGCGGCGGCGACGAGGCCGUGCUGGCGGCCAAGCCGUCGCUCCGUGGCAGCGUGCGGCGGCGGACGGUGCAGCUGGCGUCGUCGAGGGAGCAGCGGGCGCAGUGGGUGAAGCAGCUGCUGGAGACGAGCAAGCCCGUGCGCAUCUCGCUGUUCCUGCUCACCGUGCUGGCCACGGCCAUGGUCAUCAGCGACGCCUGCCUCACGCCGGCCAUCUCCGUGCUCUCCGCCGUGGGGGGGCUCAAAGAGAAAGCACCCAACCUCACAACAGACCAGAUCGUGUGGAUCACGGUGGCCAUCCUGGUGCUGCUCUUCGCCGUGCAGCGCUUCGGCACCGACAAGGUGGGCUACCUCUUCGCCCCCGUCGUCCUCCUCUGGCUCCUCCUCAUCGGCGGCGUCGGCGUCUACAACCUCCUCCGCCACGACGUCGGCGUCCUCCGCGCCUUCAACCCCAAGUACAUCCUCGACUACUUCCGCCGCAACGGCCGCGACGCCUGGGUCUCCCUCGGCGGCGUCCUCCUCUGCUUCACCGGCACCGAGGCCCUCUUCGCCGACCUCGGCUACUUCAGCGUCCGCUCCAUCCAGCUCAGCUUCGCCUUCGGCCUCGUCCCCGCCGUCCUCCUCGCCUACAUCGGCCAGGCCGCCUUCCUCCGCCGCUACCCGGACCAGGUCGCCAACACCUUCUACCAGUCCACGCCGGAGGCCCUCUUCUGGCCCACCUUCGUGCUCGCGCUCGCCGCCUCCGUCAUCGGCAGCCAGGCCAUGAUCUCCUGCGCCUUCGCCACCAUCUCGCACUCGCAGGCGCUCGGCUGCUUCCCGCGGGUCAAGGUCCUCCACACCUCGCGCCAGUACCAAGGCCAGCUCUACAUCCCGGAGGUCAACUUCCUCCUGGCCCUCGCCGCCUGCGUCGUCACGCUCGCCGCCAAGACCACCACCGUCAUCGCCGAGGCGCACGGCAUCUGCGUCGUCCUCGUCAUGCUCAUCACCACGCUGCUGCUCACCCUGGUGAUGCUCCUCGUCUGGCGGGUCAACGCCGCCUGGGUCGCGCUCUUCUUCUUCGUCUUCGCCGCCGCCGAGUCCGCCUACCUCUCCUCCGUGCUCUACCGCUUCGCUCACGGUGGGUACAUCCCCGUCGCCAUGUCCGCCGUGCUCAUGGCCGUCAUGGUGCUCUGGCACUACGUGCACGUCCGUCGCUACGAGUACGAGCUGGAGCGCACCGUGUCGCACGACACCGUGCGGGAGCUGCUGGCGCGGCGCGACCUCGUCCGCGUGCCCGGCGUGGGGCUCUUCUACACGGAGCUGGUGCAGGGCAUCCCGCCGGUGUUCCCGCACCUGGUGGAGAAGAUCCCCUCCAUCCACGCCGUGCUGCUCUUCGUCUCCGUGAAGCACCUCCCCGUGCCGCACGUGGACGCGGCCGAGAGAUUCCUGUUCCGGCAGGUGGUAUCCGAGUCCGGCGGCGGCGGCCGGGUGUUCCGGUGCGUGGCGCGCUACGGCUACCGGGACCCGCUGGAAGAGGCGAAGGACUUCGCGGCCAGCCUGGUGGAGCGCCUCCAGUACUACGUCCGAGACGUCAACCUCUACGGCUUGGACCACCAGCAGGCGGGCGCCAGGGUGAGCUACCCGAGCUCGCGCUGCGACAGCAUGGCCAUGGCGCGCCAGAGGUCCGUCGGCAACAUGAACAUGAUGCGGCCGUCGGCGUCGUACACAGAGAGCCUGGCCCUGUCUCGAGCCAGGUCGUCAGGGAUGACAACGACGAUGAUGCUGGGCAUGCACUCGGCGUCGUGCACCGACCAGCAGCGCGCCUGCAGGCCAACGGCGGCCGGCGUCUUCGCUGAGGAGAUGCUGACGCCGGCGGAGUCCUUCUCGGAGCUGUCGCGGAUGGGGAGCGUCCAGGCGGCGGUGAAGAUGAGCCUGGAGGAGAUGGCGCGGAUCGAGGAGGAGCAGCGCUUCAUCGAGCGGGAGAUGGAGAAGGGGGUGGUGUACAUCCUCGGGGAGGCCGAGGUGGUGGCGCGCCCGCACUCGUCGCUGCUCAACAAGGUGAUGGUCAACUACGCCUACGCCUUCCUCCGCAAGAACUGCCGCCAGGGGGAGAAGAUGCUCGCCAUCCCAAAGUCGCAGCUGCUCAAGGUCGGAAUGACAUACGAGAUCUGAUCAUCCAUGAUCCAAAUAGCAGAUUAAUUGAUUUCAUGCAGCAAUCCACUACUAGAUCGAUACCCUAGUGGUAGUAUAAUUGUACACUUACUUCUAGCUCCUGCAUAUUAUUAGCUAGCGUAUACCUAUAUUGUUGGUUCAAUUAUUCAAUUCCUUGAGAUCUCCCAUCAUCUUAAACCGUUCAAUUCCUAAUUCAUUUUAAGCUCA